AAAAUAACAAAUCGUGUCUGAAUUUGGAGUUAGGCUGUAAAACGGAUCGAUAUCAAGGGAUCAUCCCUAAAGUUUAGAAACUGAUUUAUAAAGCAAAUAAGGUGCCAGUAGGCUUCGUGGCUAGGCAAAUUAGGCCAAGAAUCCCCCAAGAUCUUAUACUUUGCAAUGUAAAGACAGAAAAAACUGAAUGUACAAACAAGAACACAACAGUUAAUUGCAGAGCAGCAGAGCUAACCAGCAAAUCUCCAUAGCACGACUUAUAAGUUACACCACUCCUUUAAGCUCUUCCUGUUCGGGGGUGGGUUGAUCACAGGAAGAUCCUUCCUCCUCUCGAAAAGACAUUUCACGAUGACUGUCAGCUUGAGCAUGGAGCCGCGGCUGGCAGCAUCGCUGGGUGAGCUACUGCUGUGGGCGGUGGCGGCGGAGAUCCGCCAUGUAGCGAACUUGCUGCUCGGAAGCGGGCCACCGCUUUCUUGCUCGGCAUCUUGCGAGCUGUGGCAACGGUCCUUGUCGGCGGUGGCAGAAGCGGGCGGGGGACUCGUACCCACGAACUUGCUGCUCGGAACCGGGCCACCGCUCUCUUGCUGGGCAUCUCCUUGGCAAGCUUGGGCAGACGCCUUCGUCGACGGUGGGGGUAGGAGUGGGGGUGACGGCGGGGCUUGUACGUGCAGCAGCAGGUAGGGGACUCGUACCCUCGAACUUGUUGCUUGGUCGACACCUCUUUGGCGAGCCUGGCAGUCGUCUUCGUCGACGGUGGAGGCGCGGACAGGGGCUUGUACACUGCAGCAGCGGUCGGGGGAGAAGUCGACGGCAGGGACUGGGAGGGGUCGAUCCAUGGUCUCCGAUGGAGGAGGUCAAGAAUGCAAAAAGAGCAGGUUGGCGAGAAUUUUAGCCGACGGCUAGCCGGGCUCGGGCAGGGGAUUGGGGAAGAUUUGACUCGGUUCCCAGUGCUUGUGCUUUACGCUUUCAACAGUAACACUAUGUCUGUCAACGAAAUACGUUAGAUGUCCAGGAAAACACAAAUUCGAAGGCCGGAGGCGUAAAGCUGCGAAAACCGUUUUGCCGAGGGACAACAAAAUCGUACCCCCUCCCCUUCUGCUCGACGGCUCCCGGUGUGCGCCUUCACCAUGGAGACGCGCGGCAAGAGGCUCCUCCCCGUUCUCCUGGCCCUCGUCGCCGCGGCGGUCGCUCCGCCCGCGGUGUCCCGUGACGGGAGGGAGGUGGUGGAGGUGUCCGGCGCGCCGGACGGGGUGGUGUGGGUGGCCCAGCUCUCGGAUCUCCACUUCAGCGUGCACCACCCGGAGCGCGCCUACGACUUCCGGCGGUAUGUGGGCCCGGCGCUCGCCAUGGUGAACCCCGACCUCGUACUGAUCACCGGGGACCUCACGGAUGGGAAAAGCAAAGAUCUGCUAACAAUGAAGCAGAACGAGGUUGAAUGGGCAGAAUACGAAAGUACAAUUAAUGAUAUCAUUCAAAUCAGCAAGCUUCCAAGAAGAAUUUUCUAUGAUCUGAGAGGAAAUCAUGAUAGCUUUGGUGUACCGGCACCUGGUGACAACUAUGACUUCUAUCAGAAGUAUAGCAUCAAUGCCAAGUUAAGACGGCAGGGGCGUGUCCAAAGCAUUACUUUGGAGAAUAAUGGUCGGAAGCAUCUAUUUGUUGGCUUUGAUAGCACUAUGGAGGUUGGUCUUAGAGGCCCAACCAAUCUAUUUGGCCAUCCAACUGAUAAGCAGCUUAUCGAAUUGGAUCAAGCAUUGUCGCAGUGGGAUACUGAUUUUGACAAGGCUCCAGUGACGAAAAUUGCAUUCGGGCACUUCCCAUUGUCUUUCUCAGCAUUAACAGAGUCAGGAAAAAGUAUCAAGGAUGUUUUUCUAAAGCAAUCAUUGGCCGCAUACUUGUGUGGGCAUCUUCAUACAAGGUUCGGGAAGAACUUGAAACGAUACUACCAUCGAGCAGUCCAGGAAUCAUCAUUUUCAGAACAUUAUUACCAAUUUAACAUGCACCAAGGAUAUGCAAUCCAGAGUAAUAAGGAAAACUGUUCUGAAGAAGCAGCUCACAUUGAAGAGUUCUGGGAAUGGGAGAUGGGAGAUUGGAGAAAGAGCAGAAGUAUGAGGAUACUAGCAAUCGAUGAUGGUUACGUCUCCUAUACUGAUAUAGAUUUCAGAUUGGGCUCAAAGAGCAUAAUCAUACUCCCUACCUUUCCCCUUGAUUCAAGAUUCAUGCAGAGAGCUUCUGCUUCUCGUGAUUUCAAAUGCCAUAUCAGGGGGCCGUCUACUUUCGAUACAGCGAGGGCUCUUGUAUUCUCUAAACAUGAGAUAGUCUCUGUUUCUGUAAAGAUAUAUGACUCAAGACCAGGAACUCUUGAAGUAGUCUUUGACUCUGAAAUGAAAAGGGUGGAUUCCAAUGAAACUAGGGGGCAUAUGUAUAUAGUACCAUGGAACUGGAGGGCAUUUGAAGAUCCCUCUCCCAGCCGAUAUUGGCUUCAAAUUGAAGUGAUGGAUAUAACAGGUGAUGCAAGUUUCAGCCAUUUGAGACCAUUCUCUGUUAAUGGCUUGACUGCAAGAGUGAACUGGACGUGGAAGGAGUUUUUUGUGAUUGGUAUUCAGUGGGCUUCAAUAUAUCAUCCUGCACUGUGGUGUGCUCUUUCUCUGAUAUUGUCCUUGCUUCUUGUACCACAAGUUUCAGCUGUGGUAUUCAAAGAUCAGUUCACAUAUAAGUCUCUAUACACAAAUGGUAGUCAGAGGACAUUGUUAACGUCUUUAGUUGGUGGUUUCAUCUGGCUCUUUGUUGAACUGGCCAGGGUGAUUCUUGUGUGGUUUUUGCUCUUGGUGUACACUAUCUAUUUAGUUUUCUUACCAUGGCUAUUUGGUCACCCUAUUACUGAGGAUGAUAAUCUCACAUACAUGACACGUAGAGGUUGGAUUCUUAAAAGACCCAACAGUGGCAACGAAGUAGUACAUACUGGGAUUCCAGAUGUCAUGGUCAUUGUUCUACCUCACUUUUGUUUUGUGUUAUUACCCACAAUUGUGAUUUUAGCUGCCAUGUCUGCUGAGAGAACGGCAUAUCGAGAGCAUUAUCUUUCUUGGUCAGGAAAGAAGAAAGAUGAUUACUACCAAAAGAGCAGGAGGCAGAUAGAACAUGAAAAAUUUUGGAAUGGUCGCUGGAUUAGGAAAUUUCUGUGUCUUCUUUGCCUGGUGGUUCUAUGGAAACAUUGGAAGAGCUCUUGUGAAGGCUUAUGCUAUGAACCCUUUGCUCCACUCGCCUGUGCUCUUCUUCUUCAUUCCUGCCCUCAUGGGAUUUGCCAUCUACAGGACAUCUUCCAUUUAGCUGUUUGGGAGCUCGGAAGGUGUGAUAUACUAGAUUGUCCUACAAAUAGAUCAUCUUAAGGUGUCCCGUGUAGCCAUUGCACAUGGAGCUUCUUUCUGUGAAGACUGAAGUACUAUAACUCACAACUGAAGGUGUGCUACCUCUAUUUUUUUUCUCUCCUUCAGAGAGCAGAUUGUUAGAUUCUCUAACAUACAUAAAGAUGUUGUCAGCACUGCGUUGCAUAUAAAUGAGAGACUACACGACGUUUCAUUAGAAUGAACAGUUAUGAGAAAGAAAUUGUACUGCUCAAUAUAAUUUUUUUCAUAGUUCU